AUGAACGCCUUCAAGGUUAGAGAGAACAUUGCAGAUUUACAAGAGAAUAUAGCUAAAACUACUCUCAAAGAUGUCCAAUUGCCGAAGUUUGUUCAACAGCUAGAUGAAAUCAACAAGUUUUAUCCAUUUAUUAUGUCCUCUGGUCUUGUUAUAAAGUCAUCUACCUCAGUGUUGUAUCUAAGUUUAAGCCUGAUGAUGCUGAAUCUUGAUUAUUUUGUUUCCUCCACAUUUGUUCAAUCAUAA